AUUCCGAUGAGCUAACUCGGCCGGGUUGAUUGUUGGGCCCAAGUAUCUUGGUCUAGUCGGCGGCCCACUAAAUUUCACCGAUUCCCCUUUUUUCUCCGUUUCUGAACAAACGGGGAAGGAAUAGAAAGAGCUCUUUUCUGGUUUUCCUGGUUCAACAAUGGCGGAUUAUCACUUUGUCUACAAGGAUGUGGAAGGAGCGUCGACACAGUGGGAUGAUAUACAGAGGAAGCUGGGGAAUUUGCCCCCGAAGCCACCUGCAUUCAAGCCUCCUUCUUUCGAGCCCGCACCCGACCCGGACUCCGCACCGAAGGACAAGCCCUGGAUCGACCAGAAGACUGAAGAAGAAUUGGAAGAGCUCGAGGAUGAUCUUGACGACGAUCGCUUCCUCGAAGAAUACAGGAAGAAGAGAUUGGCAGAGAUGAGAGAAACAGCUAAUAUUAGGAAGUAUGGAUCAGUGAUUCCAAUUUCAGGAUCAGAUUUUGUGCGGGAGGUUUCUCAAGCUCCCCCCGAAGUAUGGGUGGUUGUCAUUCUCUACAAAGAAGGAUUUCCAGAGUGUAGACUUCUGUUGCAGUGUCUUGAAGAACUGGCAUCAAGAUACCCUGUAACCAAGUUUGUCAAGAUAAUAUCUACAGAUUGUAUUCCUAACUACCCUGAUCGUAAUCUUCCAACUCUCUUGGUGUAUAACAAUGGCGCAGUAAAAGCUAAUUAUGUGGGAUUGAACAGUUUUGGCCGGAGGUGCACACCUGAAGGUGUGGCCUUAGUUCUCUGUGGAUCAGAUCCUGUACUAAACGAUGGUCAAAGCGGAAACAAUCCAUCGAAAGAGGCUGUGAUUGAAGGAGUUAGAAAGAAAUUUAUAGAGAAAGUUGUGACACAGCAUGAAGAAGAUGAUGAUGAUGAUGGAUCAUCAAGUGAUUAGAAAAGCUUGGUAGUGUAGCUUGUUCUUUUCAAUGGGAAUGAAAAAUUAGUAUUGAGGAAUGAUAAUUUUGUUUUUCAGUUUGCUUUUGCUGCUUAUUUGUUUUGACUCUUUAAAGCUUGUUCAUCAUCAUCAUCAUCAUCAUCAUCUGUUGAACCCAAAUUUCCAAUGUUUGUCAAUGUAUAAUGUAUUCAUAUUAAGAUUUAAUUUUGAUACAAAAGUUCUUUGUCAAUCCAACAUGGACAGUUCACAAUUGGAUUGGCAGUUUUUGAAACAGACUAGCGGGAGGUUCUUGGUGGAUGUUCAGUGAGAAGGGGCUGCUGGAGAACUGAGGAACAACCGGAUUGGAAGGAAACAGACACAAGAUUUCCAAGCUUGGUUUUAUGGCUUAAGGCCCUUUUCUCUUAGGUUUGUUUCAAAUGGACUUCUCUGAGCACAAACAUCCAUUGCACCAUUUUGAUUUGAGUUUGAGAUAAUCCUAAUUGUGUUUUGAUUAGGCCCAAGAGAUCAAUACAAGGCCCCCGUAGAGAUCUCUACUCCUUAUAACAAUCUACUAACUUUAACACCAUGCAAAUCGAAAACUUUAAACGUGAAAAAGGCAUUUUGCAUAUGGUGGCAGUACUUUUGCCAUUCUUCAUUGCAACAUGUUUGAGAAUUUAGACUUAAUAAAAAUUCGGUAGAGAAAAAUAUAACAAACAAAUCAACAGGUAAAGCAAACGUGUUAAUCCCGAUUAAGAGCUUAAUCUCCCAGCUAUGAUAAUGGGAAGACCAAUUAGUCAAAUUCCCACAAUAAUGUGUAAUUGUUUGUUGGGAUUAGUACAGUUGACAAUAUUUCUCUUUGGCAUACAUACUCCCAAACUCCAUAAAAAGGUAUAUUUUUC